AUGUUUGAUUAUAAUAUUAAUGACACAAUGAUUUCAUACGAUGUUCAAAGAGCUCCAACACACAAUCAACACAAAAAAGAACUUUGUUCCAAUGACUCUGAUGAGAGUGUACGUAACAGUGUGAUUGCAUCGAUCUAUGAAAUCGGAUUUCGUCAGCCAAACACUGUUUUGGCAUUGGCUUGCGAAUACCUCAAUAAGAAUCAAAAGAUCGAUCUGGGCCAUCGUGUCACCAUCUUGAAGUCGGUUCACCAGAUUCUGGGUGAGCGUCGCGAUGACAUUACAGAGGCACUCUCACUGCAACUGAUCGCAAUGUCGAUCUCAGAGAUGACACGUGACAAGGACGUCGUGCCCGACUGGCAGCAAGCGGCCUCCUCACUGAUGGUGUCACUCGGUCUGCGCUUCCCAACACAGAUUAUGGAUGAGCUAGUCAAACGUUUCGAAACCGGUAUGAUUCCACACUAUUUCAUCAUGAAAACACUCGGUGACUUUAUCGCGUCGAAUCCACUUCCAACGGUUCCACGUAUCCGUGACGUAUUGUCGCGUGUGCUUCCAGUGCUUGCAUCGAUCAAGCUCGACAACAUCAAAUGGGUAUUCGCUGCUGCACUCGGCAACUUCUCAGAGGCGAUCGUCGCAUACGUCUCGAACAUCACCGACCCCAAUCUUCACCUCUACAGCUUCAGCUCAGAGUUCUACCCGGCAAUGGAGCUGAUUUUCAGCAAAUGGCUCAGUAGCAAUCAUGAAAAAGUACGUCUUGUAACCAUCCAAGCGGUUGGAUCGAUCUGUGGUAUCUUGGCGGUCGAGCAACUCGACGCACAAGUCACUCGUUUGAUUGGUGGAAUUCUACCAAUGUUCAAGAAGGAGAAGGAUUUGCUUCCAGUGUGUUCGGCACUCUCCAAUAUCCUCGAGCAAUGCAUCAAACACAAUCUUCGUCUCCAACUGGAACCACAACUUCCAGCGAUCUUCCAGACUUUGCAUCCAUUGGUUUGUGUGACACCCGACUUUAAUAAUCCAUCGUCGUUCAAGACAUUCAAUGAAGUACUUCGUUGCUUUGAGAUUAUCGGACGUGGAUUCUCCGAUCCACUCGUUCACUUCUUAUCGCAGCGUUUGGAGAUCAAGGACAGUCGUUCGCGUGGUGGAUCACUCUCGAUCUUGCGUCACAUUAUCACACGUUUGGACAAUGAGCUUGGCGAGGAGAAAAAGUGUUUGAUCCUCUCGGCGGUCAAGCCACUCGUUCAAACAGAGACAUCGUUGUUUGUCAAGAAACACUUGGCACAGGCAGUUAUUGCCAUGGCAUCACAUCGUUACAUUCAUUUGCAAGGUGGAGAGUGUCUCAUUGAGUUUAUUAUUCGUGGAUCGAGCUACUCAACCGACGUCGAGAUUGGCAAGCCUGCACCGGCAACACAGGAGAAGAAGAAGGUCGACCCACUAGAGACCGUUACAGAGGUUGAAUUUAGAAAGAUUUGUGACGAUAUCCUACAUUUGAUUACUACAACCAUUCCCGAUAUGGACUUGGUACUGUGGCCAUAUCUCUUUGAGUCGGUGACACCAGUCGAUUUGACUGGCGCGGCAGCAGUGGUUGCGCGUUGUCUCGGUCAUAUCGCGUGGAAUAAGCGUGAGACCGAAGCAGAGGACUAUUACAUCGAUUUCGACAAGGAAGUUAAUCUUCCAAAACCAACACAGAUCAUAGCACGUUAUUUUGUACUCUUGACAACUCCACACCGUCGUGGUGAGCUCGGUAGCAGAAUCCUGGAGGCGAUGCGUGCCAUCGGUCCCAUUCUACAUCCAUCGAUUUGCGACAUGUGGGAUGUAACACUACCGAAACUCGCUAAUUUCCUCACUGACCAACCCGAUCUCGAACAAUUCAAUCGUAACCAAUGGGAGGAAUUGGUUCUCCGUUUGCUCUCAGAGACAAUCAAGAAUGCCGCUGACGACGAGUGGACUGUCGCUCUCGGUAGUGCUCUGGCCGACCAAAUCGAUCACUACAAACGUGAUCCAAUCCUGAAGCGUUCGCUCUACAAACAACUCGGUCUUAUCAUGCAGAAAUGCUCACACAAGGAAUUCGUAAAGUCAAAGAUCGAAGUGAUGUUUAACUCUGUCGACUACACCAACCCACUUGAAAACGAAGGUUGUGCAAUUGGUCUUGGUUAUUGUGCUGCAUCUCAUUUCGAUAUCCUAUUAGAGAAAAUCGGUUUCUUCAUAAAGAAUUCUAUGGCAAAGAAAGGUGGAUUCUUUAAAAAGUCUGGACCAAAAGGUAUAAAGAAUUGUGUGUUGUUGAGUUUGGCAUAUGCAGCUACCUAUGCUCAACCAUCGUUGUUGUCGUCGCGUGUCGAAGUACACAUGUUGAAUCCAAUCAAACCUUCGAUUACGCUCUUGAAGAAGCCACCCAAGAAGAUCUCGGCAAUCAAGAUGAUCGAUUUCAUUGGUAAGGCGUUGCACGCCGACAAGAUUCCAAACUAUAUUUUCAAGCAGCGUGAUGAGAUGUUCAAGUUGCUUCUCAGCUAUAUGAGUACACCACCACCCUCUGUCAACCUACAGGUCAAGAUCGACGGUGUCAACGCUUGUUCCACUCUGAUCAACUUGCAGCCAAUGGUUCCAUUGGAACUCGAGACACAGGUGAUCAACUUGCUCCUUCAGUUCUACGCCACCCAACCAAACGGACAGACACCAUCCGACGAAACCGAAGUCAACCAAAUGAUAACGGCAAUCAACAACCUCUUCUCAACCAUCCUUUUCAAUCAACCAACCAUCGCUUGUUUGAAUCGUUUGAUUCAGUAUCUCGACCCAUUGUCACGUUCAAAGGAAUCACAUCUUCGUGAGAAAGCAAUGUUUUGUAUCUUAUAUCUCGUCAAAAAGUACAUUGAAUACUCAACUGAAUCCGAGGAGCUACCAACCGAUAAGAAGUUUGAAAACAUUGGUGCAUCAAUGGCCAUCAUAACACCAAGAUGUACUGAUCCAGAGUCAAUCAUUCGUAAAUACGCUGUUGAAUCAAUUCAAUUAAUGUUAUAUAUCGAUUAUAUGUUAAAGAAUGCUACACAUGAAGUUCGUAGAGUUAAACCAAUCGAUAUUAUUCAUCCAUUGACACAGAUUAAAGAGAGUAUUACAACUACUGAUGUCAACGAACAAUUUACAUUGGUAUUUGAAAUCUCUGGUAUCAUUUCAAAGAUGAUUGUUUUAGAGGAGAUUCCAAAGUUCUUGGAGUGCUCAUUGAAGGGUCUACAAGAUCUUCAAACAUUCAGUACCAAUGGUUCAUGUAUUAUGAUUAACGGUCUCAUUAAAUCUCGUGGUGGUGAAUUGAUUGACUACGUACCAACACUUGUUAAAGGUUUACUUGGUUCCAUGGAAGGUAUCACCUCUGACACAACCAUGAACGGUACACUCGUAUCACUUCGUUCACUUGCAAAUCAUCAUCUCAUUGAAGUACUUACUGUAUUACUUGAUUUCCCAAUGCCACAUACAAUUCAUGUUAUUAAAUCUUUACAAAUCAUUGCAAAGGAUAAGAAUUUAGUUGUACCAACAAUCACUCAUUUGAUGGAUCUUUUGAAUAAUAAACCGGUCUAUGAAGAUAAACCAGAUCCAAAGGAUAAGAAAAAGACAAUUCCACAACCAUAUUUGGUUGCGUUGGCUGCCACUUGUUCGAUUGGUGAGAUUCUUCAGGUUGAGGACUUUGCAGAUGUUGCAGGUGCCUACUACUGCCAGUUGUUCUCCACGUUGGCAUUGCGUGCCGGUACCACCAAUAACUCGCUGCCAGCAACUAUCGACCCACCAGCAUCCAACCCAAAGGCCAAAGGAACUCAGAUCAUUCCUUCGCAACAGUUGGUUGCUUCAUUCCGUCAAUUCUUCAAGUGCACCAAGGAAGAUGAGAUUCUCGAGGCCAUCGAGGCCAAGGGAAGCAUGACCGGACUCGAAACACCAACCUACCACGUCGCCAUCCAGGAGAUCACAGCACAAUUCGCCAUAGCACAUCCCGAUCUCAUCAAGGGUGUCUUUGAAUACCUGAUCCCCUAUCAACGUGCCAAUCAUAUUCCUCAACGUAUCAUCACUAUCGCUGUCUUCUCAGAGUUGAUCAACCACACCAAAGACAAAGAGCUACUCCAGCGUCUCAUCAACACAUUGUUGAAUGCAUUGGUAGAGCCAGCCGUCAAGUUGAUCUCACUCAAGGGUCUAUCGAACAUUGUCAGUGCCGGCGAGGAGCAGACCAACCGUUAUGCACCAACCGUUAUCGAUGCAAUUUCAUCGUCGAUCGACGACGCCGACGAAGUCAUGGCAAUGGAAUCGAUGUUGGGUCUCUCAAAGAUCUUCACACUCGUCAAUGAAUCUCGUGUCGCCCCGAUUCUCGUCAACAUUUGCAAUCGUAUCAAACCGGCAUUCGAGAAACCAAACAAUGAAAUCCGUGCAGCAUCGUUCACCCUCUUUGGUAGUCUCUGGAGAUUCGGUUCGGGAAUGGCUGCAGAUCCAUUCUAUGAACAGAUUCACUACAAUCUACCGGCAAUUGUAAUGCAUCUCAACGAUGAGAGUCCAUUGGUUCGUGAUGCCUGUAAAGUUACUUUGCGUCACCUCUCUAAACUCCUCAGAACCGAAGAAGCCAAGAUAUUUUUCCACAGAAGAAACUUUGAUGUCGAUGGUUCACUUGAUUAUGAUGAGUUCUUGGAUGAAUUCUCAAAGUUAUUGAUUGCUUUGUAUAUUGAUAGAAUCAAUUACUUUAUUAUGACAACACUUGAAUACUAUAAGAGUAAUUGGACAGUACUCAGAGGAAAUGCAGCAACACUAACUGGAUUCAUUUUGGGUAAUCUCUCUGAAGAUAAGAGAAUCACUACAACCAUUAAUCCAACAAUUAUUACCAAAUCACUCAUCUCUUUGCUUUCUGAAAAAUCACCAUUGGUAAGGAAGAAGGCUGCUGAUUCAUUGUCACUCCUACACACAUAUUAA